AUGGGUUCAUAUCAGCCUGCUGCCUCCUUCGGCAAUUCCCUUCUCAAAGAGUUUCCAUUGGAACCGACCUUCAGGAAUCUUAACCAUGGUUCGUUCGGUACAUAUCCGAUCGCCGUGUUGAACAGGUUCCGCGAAAUCCAGGACAAGUUUGAGGGUAGCCCUGAUCAAUUCCUCCGCUAUGAUCUGGCACACUAUCUUCUCGAGUCCCGCAAAGCGUUAGGUACCAUGCUCAAUGCUCCUACGAACACGAUCGUAUUUGUCAAGAACGCUACAACAGGCGUUAAUACUGCGCUACGUAAUCUUGUCUACCAGCCAGGGGAUAUCAUUGUCUACUUCUCUACUGUAUAUGGAGCGGUUGAGAAGACCAUUGCAUCACUGGCAGAGACAACCCCAGUCCGCGGACGCAAGGUCAAAUAUGAGUUCCCUAUCACGCAUGAUCAGAUGGUGGAGAAGUUCUUGACGGUUAUACAUAAGGCAAGGGGCGAAGGGCUGAACGUCAAGGUCGCCGUGUUUGAUACCGUUGUCAGUCAACCUGGAGUCAGGCUGCCCUUCGAGAGACUCACGGAGAUAUGCAAGAAAGAAGGGAUCAUGAGCUGCAUCGAUGGUGCACAUGGUGUCGGACAGAUUCCUCUCGAUUUAACCAAAAUAGACCCGGACUUUUUUGUCAGUAACUGUCACAAAUGGCUCUUCACCCCUCGUGGAUGUGCAGUAUUCUACGUCCCGAUGCGCAACCAACAUCUCAUUCGCACCACCAUGCCAACAUCCCAUGGUUUUCUCCCCGUUCCUGGAGUUCUGAAAACCGGCUCCGAAGAGGGUGAGCAAGAUGACCCUUACUCCCAACCAUUCGACAUCCUCUGCAACCAAUCGAACUUUGAACUCCAAUUCGAAUGGACCGGCACAAACGAUGACAUCCCGUUCCUCUGUGUUCCUGAAUCCGUCAAGUACCGCAAGGAAGUAUGCGGCGGUGAAGAGAAGAUCAUGAACUACUGCAACAACCUAGCCUUUGAGGCUGGAAAUCGUGUGGCCCAGAUGUUUGGAACGGAUGUUCUGGGUGAAUUCUGCUCGUCUGGCGCAUUCGACCCAGCCAAAGAAAAGGAGAGCGAGUUCCGUAAAUGUGCAUUUGCAAAUGUACGAUUGCCAAUUACCCUUGUAGACGACCAGAAGGCUACUCUGGGUAAGCUAUCACGGCCCGAAUGGCUUGUCGUGAAGGCCAGUGAUGCAACAUCUACAUGCCGAUGGAUGGAGCGUCAACUGAUUCAGAAGCAUCAUACGAUGUCUCCUUGCUAUGUGCAUGCUGGCUCAAUUUGGACUAGACUUAGUGCACAGAUUUACCUAGAGGUGAGUGAUUUCGAGUGGUUGGCUGGCGUCUUUAAGGGACUGUUCGAGAGGCUGGCUGUCGAGGAUGCUAUGGCUGCCUUGGAUAUAAAGAAUUAG